AUGGCACGGCUCUGCAGUGUGGCCCUGGCGCUGGCAGUCGUGCGGGCAGUGGAAGACCCGAAGGUGCGCAUCUACGCCACUCCCCUGACUCGAGACCCGUUGAUAGUUGCCACACGUUUGGGCCGUGGACUCUGCGAAGGCAACUUUGAAGAGGUGGGCCUUGCAGCAGAAGCUGCAGCGAUCUCGGACUUGGGCAGCGACCUGGAAAACAAGAUGCAUGAGUCGCUCCGCAGCGCGGAGCAUUCGGCUCGACAGCGUGCGGAAUCCGAGCUGGGCAUCAGCCACGAGCAGCUUUCGGAGCGUUUUGUCAGUUUGCAGAAGGAGGCAGCCUCAGACGUGGCAAAGUCGCACGUAGAUUCUGCAAGGCAGGUGCUGGAGGAAAUGGAGGCAGCAGACGCCAAGCUUGCGAAAGUGGAAAGCCGAACUGCCAAGCUGCUGAAUGAUGCCUCCAGACACAUUGAGGACUCUGGGCGCGAUGCUGCGAGGAAUGCCCGAGACCAGGCCGACCGUCUAGCAAGGGAAGCCCGCCAUCAGACGGAUCACCUCGAUCGCGUCGCAAGGAAAUUCGACCUUCCGGAUAUGUCUGACAGGUUUGACCGCAUGGCGGAGACUGCAGCACGUCACGUUUCGGACGUCGCCGAGAAAGGCGCUCGCACGACAGAGGAUGCAGCGAGGAGCUUACCAAGGCAAUUUGAUGCGCAGGUGGCGAAGGCCAGGCUCCGGCGUCGGGAAGCCCUGCGCAGCGUCCGUGAACUCGUGGAGUCUGCAGGGGACAAGGCAGCUGUGGGCAUGGUGGCCGAGCCAGACAAUCUGGACACACGCAAGGACGUCCGCUUGUUGGUGGUGGGAGCUGCCUCAGCAGGAGCUGCUGCUGCAGUUCUAGUGGCGUUCGUUCUUCGCCAUGCCUUCCGGAGCGACGAAGACAUGGACAAAUACUUGCUUGUCGUUUGA